UCUUGAUACAUCCUAUACCCAUCUGCCACUGUUUUACUCGUCGCCAUGAGCAGCUCUAGGUGUCACCCUCAACUUGGACCUCCCCGACCUCCCCGACCUCACCGAUCUCAGCGGCCUUUGCAACAACAGCCUGCUGCCAAAGGUUCCCUGCGUAGUCUCCUUCUUCAACACUCCUCCAAGCGUCUGUAUGUACAUCCACUCAAAUGGACCUCACUGCACUUGUCACUCCUCUGCUGUAUUGUGAUCAAUGAUCAACUCAAUACCGACCACUGCUGCCUUAGUCAGGGUCCUUGGCGAAAAGAUGCGCUCGAGUUGUGGCCAAGAAUUCGACGUUCGAUAACCAGUAGUCGUCGAAAUGACCACUCCAGAACACUCAUGACGUAUUUGGGCAUGAAUGCACAGCGAGACUGCCAGAUUUGUUCUGGAUCACUUGCUUUUCGCUAUAAUCAAAAACCAGUCUGCCAUCUUCAACUUCCACUAAUGGCAUGGUACAACAAAACUUGCCUAUGGGCAUACAUUGACAGCAACUGGAUUAAUGAUCUACAUGAGGAAUACAAGCCGCGGCAAAAUGUAUUUUUGGAACGAGCGAAGCGCGCUGUGGAUGAGAAAGAUCUGCCUAUUUCACCAUUUUGCAUGGCCGUCAUACUUGCAAUGGCACAGCAAGUAACUCCCGGGCAGCAGGUAACACUCUUUCUGUUUGACCACGAACUACCGUCUGAUUCCGAUCAAAUUAUUUCAACGUUCUACGAAUAUACACUUCAAGCAUCGCAGACAUAUCUAUCCAAAUUUGACCAAUCAUACGACGCAUUCGAAUCCGAAUUGAAUAUUCACCGUCGGGUCAUCCCUUUGAAGCGAAACAUGCUUAAGGUUCUCUCCGACGCGGUUCAACGUGCUGCUACAGGACCCGGUGACCAAGCCGAGACGGCCGCUUCUACCGACCGUGAAGCUGCCAUCACCAACUCUCCGUAUCCCGUCGAUUUGGCUAAGAGAAAACCAUUGGAUGAGUUAGAUAGCAAUAUUCUAGUCAAACGGGUGAAAAGCAGCAAUCACGAAGGGAAAGAAUAGAGUGAUAUUGUGUAAUAUUAAAUAGAAACACAAGAUGUCAAUAUGAAUCUGCUGCAUCCCAGCCGGUUCUACAAGUUAUGUG